AUGGAGGAAUCUAUACCCAUGGAGAAUGAAGAAAACAAUCUUCAUGUUGGUCCUGUGCAAUCAUCAACCGGUACAUCACAACCCUCUGGUUCUGCGAAAAGGAGUAAGACAUCUAGUGUCUGGAAUUACUUUAGGUUAGACACAGAUGACAAUGGUGAAGAAAAAGCACACUGUGUGAAAUGCUCAAAAAGUUAUGUGCAUACAGGAACUAGUGGAACAUCAAAUCUGAAACGUCAUCUCAGUAUAUGUAGUGAUGAAAGAAGAGUAGUGCAUAUCGAUGAAAAAAUUGCUAGGAAAAAAUUCAGUCGAGUGAUCAUUAGGCACAAUCUUCCUUUCCUUUGUGUUGAAUAUGAGGACCUUAGGGAUUAUCUUAGUUAUUUGAACCCGGAUUAUAAGUGCUACACUAGAAACACUGCUGCUGCUGAUGUUAUUAAAACUUGGGAGAAGGAAAAACAGAAAUUGAAGGUUGAGUUCGAAAAGAUACCGAGUAGAGUGUGUUUGACUACUGAUUGUUGGAGUGCACUUUCUGGAGAUGGAUAUUUGGUUUUGACUGCUCAUUAUGUUGAUUCCAAGUGGGUGUUAAAUAGCAAGAUUUUGUCAUUCUGUGAUAUCCUUCCUCCUCACACUGGUGAUGCUCUAGCUAGUAGGAUCCAUGAAUGUUUGAAGGAGUGGGGAAUCGAAAGAAAAGUCUUUACUUUGACUGUGGAUAAUGCUACUGCUAAUGAUAGCAUGCAAGAAAUAUUGAAGGAUCGGCUGAAUUUAGAUAAGAAUUUGGUGUGUGAAGGAGAUUAUUUUCAUGUUCGGUGUUGUGCACACAUCUUAAACCUCAUUGUGCAGGAUGGUUUAGAUGUUAUUAGUGAUGCGUUUGCUAAAAUCAGAGACACUGUGAAGUACAUCAAAGCUUCAACAUCUAGAAGGAUUGCACUGGCAGAUUGUGUAAAUAUUGCGGGUGAAGUUGUUCUGUCUCUAGAUGUUCAGAAUAGGUGGAAUUCAACGUAUGUGAUGCUUGAGAAAGCUUUGAAGUAUCAGCGUGCUUUGAACAGGUUCAAAGUAGUUGACAAAAACUAUAGGCAUUGUCCCUCAAGUGAAGAAUGGAAAAGAGCCAAUAUUAUCUUUGAGAUCUUGAAGCCUUUCUAUAGUAUAACGACUUUGAUGUCAGGGAGAAGUUAUUCUACUUCCAACUUAUAUUUUGCUCAUAUUUGGAAGAUCCAGUGUGUGUUGGAAGUGAAUAGAGGCCAUGAAGAUACUGUGAUCAGAAUGAUGAUUUCUAGGAUGAGAGAAAAGUUUGAUAAGUACUGGGAAGAGUAUAGCGUUCUUCUGGCAAUGGGAGCUGUUUUUGAUCCAAGGAUGAAACUGAAACUUUUGAAGAAAUGUUAUGAUGAGCUUGAUCCAUUCACAUCUCAGGAGAAGAUAGAUCAUUUGGAGAGUAAGCUUAAUGAGAUCUUUGAAGAAUAUAAGAAAAAGUAUCAUUUGACUCCAGUUGUUCGUACAAGUUUCAACUCUCGUGUUUCUGGACAAGGAAGAGAAAGUUAUGGUGUCUUAGAUGAUUUGUUCGAGUUAGAUGAUAUGCAAGACGUUAUGGAUGAAGGAAAAUCGUUAUUGGAUGUGUACUUAGAUGAGCCAAAAUUAGAUAUGAGAAGUCGUCGGUUUGGGGCGUUAACAUACAUGGCAAUGGACGUCCUCAGUGUUCCUAUUACCAUGGUAGCUUCUGAAUCUUCUUUUAGUAUUGGGGCUCAUGUCAUAAACAAAUAUCGGACUCGGCUUCUACCGAGCAAUGUACAAGCGUUGUUGUCUACUCGCUCUUGGUUGUAUGGCUACGUUAUUGAUGAUGAAGAUGAUAAUGAUCAAGGGGAAAUGGUUACGAUUCGAGCAGCAACACCAACUUCAAUGGAACAGCAGAUUUAA